AUGGACGACGAUAUAUCAUCUCUAGAAAGGCUCGAAUCCGGUCUGCACGAGCUCGAGCCCAUACCGACCGACACGACGUCAUUGUAUGAGGCCUCCUCCUCCAUCGACAACGACGACAACAACGACAAGAAAUCACGCUCCCGACAACCGAACGCAACAACGACUGGCCUCGGCCUCUCCCAGCACUCAGCAAUAUGGUACCUCACGCGGGUUCAGAAGUAUUCGUCCUACGUUUUCACAGCCUUCGCCGCCAUGCACAUUACCAAUACCUCCCUGAUACCGCUCCUCACGCAAAGCGUUCCCGCCUCAGAACCAUAUCUUCUCCUCACGAGGCCGUACUACCAAUCUCCAGCCGUAGAGCCCCUGAUGGUAGCCCUUCCUCUCUGGGGCCAUAUUCUCUCGGGUGUGGCUAUCAGAGUGAUAAGAAGGAAUCAGAAUGCGCAAAGGUACGGUGAUGCGUACAGUGCCGAGAACAAACAGAGUUUCUUCACGAAUACCCACAAGUUCUGGCCGAAAGUGUCGGGGACGAGUAAGUUGGGAUAUAUCUUUGUGCCGUUGGCGUUGGGACAUAUUGUGCUCAACAGAGCUGUGCCACAAGUGUACUAUAAAUCAGGAGGAGGGAAUAUUGAUCUCGCAUAUGUGAGUCAUGCGUUUGCAAAGCAUCCGAUUGUAUCCUUUGCGGGAUUUGCUGCUUUGUUGGGCGUGGGAUGUUUUCAUUUCACCUGGGGCUUCGCCAAGUACUUUGGCUGGUCGCCGGAGCAGGUGACGGAGUUUGGUGCGAGGAGAGAGUUGAGGAAGAGGAGAAGGUGGAUUGUGAUUAAUGCUAUUGCCGCUGCUAUCACUGGACUGUGGAUGGCUGGUAGCUUUGGGGUGGUGGCGAGACAUGGCGAGGCACCUGGGUGGGUUGGCAGAGAGUAUAACGAGAUGUACAGGAUGAUUCCACUUAUUGGUCGGUGGUUGUAGCAAUAUGGUUGUGCGAAAUAUGGGCGAGAUCUGGGACGUAUAUGCGAAGAUACCCAUUCACCUCUUUCUGUCCCUCGAUAUGGGAGACACUGCUCUGCUACAUAGGUUACCAACAGAACUAAUUUCAAAGGCACACAAUCAGAG